AUGGGGAAGAAAAAGAGCCACAAAAGCCAAGCUCAGAUCAGGCGCGAGCAGGAAGAGUUUGAACGCGAGCAGGAAUAUUUUAGGCGCCAGCAGGAAGAACGGAUCAAGCUAGAGCAGAAACAGGAACGAGAAGACCCUUCAUGGAGCUCCUCUGGCACUCGUCGUGCUUCUUCCCGCCGCCGCCGCAGCACUGCAUCAGAAGCCGUGCAGCCUUCCAAUUCCUCAGCAGCACCCGAGGCGUCUUCUCCUGCCUUGGCCAACGCCUCGCAGUCUCCUGGUCCGGCUGACCCAGAAACUGACCACUCCACCCGGCCCACGCCGGAUGAAGAGGUUUUGAAACAAACUAUUGGUCCAUUCGCACUGCGAUCUGGAUUCACGCUUCGAAUCCCUACCGGAAGAGAACAAUCUCAGCUUGGGUCAGAUGCUGGAUCAUUCAACUCCUCCACUCGAACUGGCCACUCUGUUCUUGGCCAACGUAUGAGAGGAAUUGGUUAUUCCCCUGGGUCCAAUCCGAGACUAUCAUCAUCAUCUGGUACUCAUAUAACACAACCAGGUAUUGGGCGAGGUGCCGGAAAGCGUCUGCCGGAGUCCUCCACACCAUCUCCUCCAAUUGCUGAAACGCGUCGUCAAUACUUUAGCUCUGCCGCAGUUACUGCAGUCCUUCUCCCCAGCGAAGUUGCGGAACACCCUCGCUUUGCAGGAAAACGUCUCCCUGGUUACUCUCCGACUCCGAUAGCUUCUCUUCGACCUGCCACUACCAGUUCGGUUGCUUCUCCCGCUCGCCUUGCUGUCAGCGAAGUUUCAGUUCCAGUUUCGUCAUCCGGACAUCACCCUUCUUCGACAUCUCUUGAGGUGGAAAGAUUUCAUCCUCAAUCUCAGAGCAAGUCUCCCCAAAAAGCUCUGGAGUCUGUCCAUGAGCCUGAGGAAGCAUCCUACGAGAAGUCGACUGAAAACGAAUCCGAUGAAAUUUUUUCCUACAGCAACUCUCCCAAAAAGCAAUCACCUGAGCCUCUCACUGAAGCCGAGAUGGGCUCACGAACACCACGAGGACCUCGCGUGCCGGCAUACCCUCGCCAAUCUGCACCUUACCCGCCUGAAGCUCCGGCUCCCGGCGUGUUGCCUGAAACCCAGGCCAACCGUGAAAGACGCGCCCGAGAGCGCCAAACACGGGAGCGCCAGUCCCAAGAGGAGGCUCGGGAAGCACAAGCCCGCGAGCAGCAAGCUCGGGACCAGCAGGCCCGCGAGGCCCAGGCUCCACCUCUUGCACAACAUGCGUCGGGCCUAGCAUUCCCGGCAGGUGGAUCAAAUAUUAACAUUGUGGCUUCCGUCAUCGACUAUCUAGCGAAGAAAGGGUACAGCCGUACCGAGGCCAUGCUCCGCAUGGAGUCCGCCAACCAGGAGAUAGAUGGGCGUCCUCUCCCUCAGCUGGGGGAGGAUUCUCGCCCGAAGACUCGCCAAGGAUUUGAUUUGCUGAAGAACUGGGUCGAAGAAAAUCUCGACCUCUACAAGCCAGAACUGCGUCGCGUUCUCUGGCCACUCUUUGUGUACUCAUUCUUCAACAUGGUGACAUCAUUUUACCCUCAAGACGCCAAAUCCUUCUUUGAGGCGAACAAGAACAUGUUCCUUCCAGAGCACACGGACGAUAUUCGCCACUUUGAGCCUAUCAGUUUGCCUGAACACCUGCAGGACAACUCCGUGGCUAAGAUUUACCGCACCAAUAAGUACCGUGUCGUCCUGAGCAACCCGGCGUACACCAACCUCUUGCAGUUCUUGGAAAGCAAAGACAAAGAAGGAGGUUCUGUCAUGAAUGCAAUCCUCAGCAGUUUUUGCUCCGUCAAAACUCUUGAUCGAGCCGCGGACGCCCGUUUCAGCUUCGCCUCCAUGUUGAACCAAAUCGGAGCUAGCCAAACCUAUCCCGCUGAGGAUGAAGGUAUUCCAGGUCAUCAUCCUGGCUCUGCUUAUACUGGAGACAACCCUGCUAUGGCUGGAACUCUGCCCCGACUUAAACUCGGAAAACUUCCCAUGGAGCCACUUCUCGAGGAGGAUGUGCGAGCUGAAUUGGAAGAAGAAGAUGAGAAAGAGACUCAGAUCCCUGGUCGCAACACACUUGUUCAGGAGUUCGACAAUAUAAUUAAGAGGGAGGACGACGAUGAGGCCCCUUCUCGUGCUGACAUUCCGUACCCGGCGUCCACUGCCCGUGACGUUCACAUUGAGGUGAAGAAGGUCAUUGAGCACCGCGAUCGAUUCAAAAUUGAGGGUCGCACUGGUGGUGUUGGCCCUGGCGUCAGUGUGUGCAUGUUUACGUUCCACAACACGUUUGAUAGCAUGAACUGCAUCGAGAUCUCUGAUGACUGCAUGCUUAUCGCCGCCGGAUUUCAGCAGUCUUACAUCCGUAUUUGGACUCUUGAUGGCAAGAAUUUGCCCGUACGCGAGGAAUUUGCUGAUUUGGGCAACGCCAACUCUCGCCGUUUGAUCGGUCACUCAGGUGCUGUCUUCGCAAUUCAGUUCCCACCGUGCUCUGCCAUUCGCGAUAACGUUCCAGACGAAGAUCGUGUCGAUACCGCUCCUCGCUGGCUACUUUCCUCCUCGGCAGACAAAAGCGUUCGUCUGUGGUCCCUUGAUACCUAUCAAACUAUGGUCAUUUACAAGGCCCAUGAUCGCCCUGUCUGGGAUUUGCGUUUCGGACCUUUCGGUCACUACUUUGUUACCGGUGGCAGCGACCGCACCGCCCGCCUCUGGGUGACUGAUGAGAUUCGCCAGCAGCGUAUCUUCGUCGGCCAUGAUCAGGACGUCGAUGUAGUCUGCUUCCACCCUAACUCUGCUUACAUCUUCACUGGCAGCAGCGACAAAACUGUUCGCAUGUGGGCUGUUUCGACUGGUAAUGCUGUUCGCAUGUUCACUGGCCACUCUGGUCCCAUCACUGCCAUGGAGUGCAGCCGUGAUGGCAAAAUUCUCGCCUCUGCUGAUGACCAAGGAGUCAUCAUCCUGUGGGAUCUCGCUCCCGGUCGCAUUCUCAAGCGUAUGCGUGGUCACGGCAAAGGAGGCAUCUGGUCUCUCAGCUGGAGCGUUGAAUCUACUGUUCUAGUCUCCGGUGGAGCAGAUGGAACCGUACGCAUUUGGGAUGUUGCUGGCCCUCAGGAAGGCCCUGGUCGUGUCAUCGGCGAGGGAGGUGCCGGAGCCAAGCUUGACGCCAAUCCCUCCAGUCAGAACAAAAAGAAAAAGGGCAAGGAGACUGAUGUCACCCCCGAUCAAAUCAGUGCUUUCCCUACCAAGAAGAGCCCUGUUUACAAGGUGAAGUUCACUAACAUGAACUUGGUUCUUGCAGCUGGUUGCUACCUCCCCAAUUCUUCCUAG